UUUUUAAAAACAAUCGAUUAUUUUUUUAAAUAUGACUACAAAAGUAACUAGUAAGAAAUGGAUAAGCGAAGAAACGGUAGAUGAAAAGGAACUCUUUAGUCAUUGCAGGGAGAUGGAGAUUGUUUGUUAUGCCAUAACAAAAGUGGUUAUGGAAACGGAUAAUAAAUGGAAGAAUUGUGUUGGAAAAACUAACAAUUAUACGAUAACGAAUCGCAGUUUUAUUAUGGAGCUAGUCAGCAUACAGGUAUUAGAUGAAAUAAUAGAAUAUUUAAUGAAAGUAGUGAAAUCAUUCUACAAAUUAAAUCCUAAAUUAGCUAGAUUGAAAAAGGAAAAUGGUCUCGUGUUAAGUAAACACGACCACGUUUUCGACAUGUUGUGUAGCAGAAGAUUCAUAAUGUUACAAUCAAUAUAUAGUCUCAUACUGACAAUUUUAUCAACUUGCCUACACAGAGAAGACUCCAGGAAAAUGAUUGAAUCGUGUUUAAGUUUAGUUGGUAUUUACAACAAUUUAAUCGGCUUGAGUUAUAAGAAAUUUAGUUCUAAAUUUAACAUCUGCAGUAACACAUAUCCAAAUGUUGUUAGUGAAACAAAGCCGCUAACAUUAACAAAAAUUGUACAGGUCCUUGCGAAGAGUCGAACGGAAGUUAAUUGCCACCGUCUAAUAAACUGUUUGGUGAUGAUGUACAAACCUGAAGAUCAUGGCGAUUGUGAUUCCAGUUCUAACGCGGAUAGUUUGGAAAUAUACCACACACUAACAAAACACAUGACGCCACCAAAUUCGUCAGCAUCUCACCGACAGAGUAUAACGAAGCGUCGUCAAGCGUUCAUAGACAAUAAAAAAGCGAAAAUGAAACAAGCUCAGAGUCUCGUCGACCUGAAGAACGGUCAUAAGAAAUUGACGGAGCUGUUGAAUCCACAAAAUUCAGACGCCGAUGUGCCUUACACGUCACUUCUUGGCAACGAAUGUGUUUUAGACAAUGUUUUUAAUAAUGAUGAAAACGUUAAUGGAAUACUUCAAAGUGAAGAAAUGUACAUCGAAAUUCUUCUAGACACUGUUGCCAAUAUAUCACCGGUGCUGUUAGGUCCUAAAGGCGUAAAGAAAUUAAAGUCAGGUAGAAUACAAGCUAGUAAGAAAUCGGCACAGAAGGUCACAGAAUAUUAUCAAAACUUACUUUGGGGUGACGUCGGCAGCUGUUUGGAACACAUCGUGCUUUGGUGGUCAUCGUUUCCAUUAGCUACAAGGUCACCAAAAACGAGCCAAAACCUACGCGAAUGGUUAUUCUCGACAUUCAAUGACAAUAAUACUCCGGAUUUAAUACUAUCGUCACUAAGAAUCUUGGCUGAUGCGUUAGGAUGCCAUGUUACGUCAACUUCGUGGGAUAAGCAUUUUGGGGCGACAUUGACAACAAAUUUAACGCCAACCUCUCUAAAGGAUUAUUGUGAUAUUUCAGUAUAUGUAACCGAGGCGACAGUAUCAGGGGCCAAUUUUGCGAUAAUGCUACAGGAGUUGGUGACAUUGAAUAAUCAUUGUGAGGUCACGUGGGAUUAUAUUUUAGGAGCACCUCUAGAGGAUUUGCCGAUUGUAGAACAAAUACCGAUAUUACAUAGACUUGACCACUCGAUCCACACGUGCCGCCUGUGGUGCGCGGCGCAGAGCCGGCGCCUGGCCGCGUCGUGGCGCGCGGACGACUUCUUCCUCGUGGCGCACGGCGACCUGCGCGCGUGCCACGAGCAGCUGCUGCAGCUGCGCUUCGCCGACCACGGAGCCGCGCUCGACUCCGGAAAAAUCGGUGUACACGAGAAUGUUUGUGCGAAAAUGAGAGAAAAGUUAGUAUCCGAAGUAAAAGCCAACAUACAAAAGUUAAAGGAUUCAACAGAAGAAAUCAUGGGUGUGUUAUCAUCAGUUUGCGCAACAAUAAGCUUAGCGCAUCUCACGAUGAUAUUCCCGAGCAACGCCGAGUGGAGAAAGAUAACUCAACCGGACACAGUGCACUCCCGCUACGUACAAGAGUUCUUAGAUAAAAUGCUAUUACCAGUGAUAAAGGCGACGUCUGAUAUCACGACCCUCAACAUGGUGCUGCGGAUCAUGUGCGAAUCGUGGCUGCAUCAUAUAUAUGUAGCCAAAGUUAAAUUCACAAAAGAAGCGGCGUUACAAUUAUUAGCAGACUUCAAUGAGGUUCGCAAUUGGUUAAAUGAGUGCAAGCAACUUGAGGCCCCAUCGAAGAAGCAAAUGUUACAAAAUGAAGUUUUAAGACGCUGUGAAGGAGUCGGAAGGCUGUUACUGCACGCCCCUGGAGAUCUUAUCUCCAUGCAAGACUCCACAAUGCAAUCAGCCAAAAUCAGAAAGGAUGAUACCGACGCGCCUGAACAGCUGAUGCCUGCUGAGAUGUACGUACCCAAUCAGAAGCAGUGGCUCACUUUACGCGCCAACAAACUUAAAGGACCAGUCGCCUUCACACUCUGUUGUUAUUGACAUAGCUCGAAUAUUAAAUUAAUUUUUUAACU